UUUAUUUGUGUGCUGCGUUUGAUCUUUUUCCCCCUUUGCAUCUGAAUUUCAGGAAGGAAAAAAAAAAAGACUUCACUGUCAACAGAUUCAGACAACAAAGGGUUGAGUUCAUUCAACUAAGCACCGCUGCCUGCAGUAAACACAGAAUAUGAAAGAGCACCAGACUGAUUUAGGUGACCUUACUUAUUGCAGUUACGGGAGGGGAGAAAAAUAUAAGCUUUCGUAAUUUUACGGACUAUUUUUACCUGCAUUAUCCGCAUUAUCUUCGUGUAGAGCUAUGUCACUCUCCACAACUCCCAACACAGGGAUCUAUAAUUUUUGUACCUCCCUGCUGCAUAGACAAAGCAAUAUGACAUAAUGAUUAGGUGUGUGGGUGUGAAUGUUGGCUACGAUUCCGUUAUAAUAAAUCUGACCACAUUGCAGCGCCCUCCAACUCAGUUUAGGAUGAUGUCAUUGUGCCCCCGCAGACUCGAUCGGUGAAACAAACUGAAACUUUAUAGAUAAACGCCACGGCUAUAGCUCGCGGCGUUGACUCGACCUUUUAGAAAAUAUCCGACCUUGCAUGAUUUGCUUGUUUAUCACGUUAUAAGAAAUGAUGUAAUUAUAGCUAAGUUGGCUGAUUGCAGAAAGCACGAUCAUUCAGAUGGGUAUUGGAUUGGCACGUAGACAAUGUAAUGACAUGUUAUCUGGGCAAUGCACUACUAAAAACGACUCUUUAUGAUCAUUUUCAUGGCUUCGCUUUCAUCUAACUCGUGACUUUAAAAGACCGAAAAGACGAAUUUAUAUAUGCAUUUUUCUGUGCACGGCAUUUUUCGUGCAGAAAGGUCGGUCACGUUGGGUGAAACGCGCUGCGAAAGCCUUUGAAGUGAUAUCGACUAUAAUAAUGCAACGUGGGAAAUUUUCUACAGAAAGCAGUCCUCUCGAUUGUUUGCUUCCUGCUAUUUUGGGGGGCGUGUCGCACUGGCUUCCACAUGGCGCAAGGUUCCUGCGGUUGGCUAGAAGCGAGCUCAACCCUCGCCGCCUGUCAAAGCCUUUCGCCAAUCGAAGUUACGCUCGAUAGCAACGUCACGUGUUGCUGGGCCUGGCUACAGCCGACCAAGACACGCCUACUGUCCCAGUGAAGGAUGGGAUUUGUAGGGCUUUUCCAUAGGACUCAUAGUCUGGCAAGAAUAUGGAAUUACAUGGAUAUUUAGUAAUUUAAAUAUGAAAAGCAGCCCUAAUUAAUGAUUUAUUAUUUUUUGUCAUACAUUUAUGACGUUGUCAUGAAAAGAAGCAACAACGUUCCUAAACUUUGCAAGAACAAUAGUAAACACACCAUUUUUUUAAAAAUAAUUUCUGCUGAUCUGUGCACUGGAACUCUGCCAGAUGUAUGUAUUAAUUUACACUGACCUGUUGUAGUUGCAGUUGUAACAUUAUUACAAUCGUGAAUUAUUUUCCAAUCGAUAUAUAUCUCAGUAAAGGUGGGCUAAAUUGUGAACUUAAUGGAAUGUUUGCGUUUGAGGUAAAAUGGACCAUAUUCACCAAAAUACUCGAUUUCCCAGAAUGCAUUGCACUUAGGCCGGCCUCUCCCGCCGCUGGAUCCCCGCCUCUCAGCUGAGCAGCUAAGUAAACAAACAGGAAAGGAGAGGAAACGAGCUGCAGCACGCGCAUUGCUGGUUCAGGGUUCCCUCGGGGACGUUUUAUAUUGUUUUUAUCCAAUUUUGUAAAAAUUUGAUAUCGUGUUUCGUAGAAACUUUUAAAUAUUUUGAUACGCUUUCUUUUUCUAACAGUGAAUUCUGGCAAGGAUUGGCUGUAGCUUGCUAGCUUGCGAACACUGGAUUUUUUUUUUCUUUCCUUCCCUUUUGGCGAAGGCUGCUCAUGAGCCAGCAAAGGCACGGAACAAGGAUAUAACACGUCAGUUUGAAUAAUAACCAAUGCACUGUCUUCCCUGUAAUUAAAAAGCGGUCGUUGCUGCUGCUUGCAAAGCUAGAUUGCAACGUCCAACACAGCCAGCCUCAGGAAAGAAUGACGGCUGUUCAGCUAAUAAAUAUCCAGCGGUUACUGGAAGCAGCAGAAUACAUAGAAAGGAGAGAAAGAGAGUGUGAACAUGGAUAUGCCUCGACGUUUCCAUCAAAUCAGAACACAAACUACCAGAGGCAAAGGAAAUUCCGAAAUAAGAAGUUCAGCAGUAACCACAAUAGGUCGACACAUAACGAGCUGGAAAAGAAUAGACGAGCUCACCUGCGGCUGUGUCUGGAGCGGUUGAAGGCCCUCAUACCCCUAGGACCUGACUGCAGCCGUCACACUACCUUGGGCCUGCUCAACAAAGCCAAAGCACACAUAAAGAAACUUGAAGAGGCGGACAGGAAGAGCCAGUACCAGCUGGAGUCUCUGGAGCGCGAGCAGAGGCACCUUCAGCGUCAGCUGGAGUUGCUGAGUGGAGGCAGUGGUGCUGCAGCCCAGAACAGCCCAGGGGAGGGAGAGAGGAUACGCAUGGACAGUGUGGGCUCCACCCUCUGCUCCGACCGCUCUGACUCUGAUCAAGAGGAGAUUGAGGUGGACGUGGAAAGCACGGAGUUCUCCCAUGGAGAGCUGGACAGUGUGAGCACAGCCAGCACCAGCGACCUGGACGACCACAGCAGCCUCCAGAGCAUGGCCAGUGAUGAGGGCUACUCCUCCUGCAGCGUCAAACUUGCCUUCUCCUCCUAGAGCCCCGCCCCACCGACGUGACCAUCACAUUCCUGCCAAACUCGCCUGCCCUCCCAUCUGUUAUAUCCAUCCAGCCAUGCCUAUGAAACACACACAUCCAGUCUCAUCUCCGAUGACUGGCACGCACCCAGCUAAUAGUGUUCCCCCUUUGCUCCCAGCCUUUUUUUUUUUUUUUCUUUUUUUUUUUGCUGCACGCUUCCCCUCCACGCUGCUCAACCCACUUUCGGAGGCGUUCCAGUGAGAGCUCUUUCUCGCCUCUGAACUUUGAACCGCUCCGACCAACACU